AUGGAAUUUAUGUCACAGGGGAGCCUAGAACAACACCUGCACAAGGAUGAAACACAGUGUACCUUAAGUUUGAAGAUGAGAGUGAAUAUUGCAAUUGAUGUGGCACACGGGAUGGCAUAUUUACACCAUGAUUGUUCGCCCCCUAUUGUUCACUGUGACUUGAAACCCUCAAAUGUGUUUAUGGACGAAAGCAUGACAGCCCAUGUGGCUGAUUUUGGAAUUUCCCGUCUAUUGACAUCCCCUGUUUCUGCAAGUAGUAGCACAUCCAGACUAAAGGGAACAACAGGCUACCUUGCUCCAGGACAAGUGACUACCAAGAAAGAUGUUUACAGUUUCGGAAUGCUCAUCCUUGAAAUGGUGACUAAAAAGAGGCCUAUUGAUGAUAUGUUCUCCGGAGACAACACUUUGCCGAGAUGGGUGAGAAGAGCAUUCCCUGAGGCAGUGGAGGGAGUGGUGGACAGAGAGCUGCUGGUUGAUCAACGAUGUGUAGGUGAGUCCAGUAGUAGUGCUACACCUGAAACCACCGGUGAAGAAUUGGAAUCCUCUGAGCAUGGCAGUUGCUUGCUUAGUUUUAUUGGAUUAGGACUGCAAUGCACAGAGGAAAAUCCAGCCCAUAGACCAACCAUGAGAGAGGUGGAGGGUAUGCUGGAAAGUAUGGUGUAUGGCAAGGUAUAUGGCAACUUAAAAGAGCAUUCAUCUGUCCAGAAUCUGUUGAGUGCAGGCAACGGAGUGGGCCAUCCAAAUGGCAGCUCAGAUGAAAGUGAGUGA